AUUAUUUGCCUUUUUACUUUAUUUUAGCUGUGGUUCGUAAUCCAUCAUGACGUCCACUGAGUACUGGCUUAUUUCAGCCCCUGGGGAUAAAACAUGUCAGCAAACAUGGGAGAAAAUGAACAACACCACAGCUGUGCAGCACCAGCUGUGUGUCAACCACAAGUUUCAUCUUCCUGACCUUAAGGUUGGUACCUUAGAUCAGCUGGUUGGGCUUAGCGAUGACCUGGCAAAACUUGACACUUAUGUGGAAGGUGUUACCAGAAAAAUUGCCCACUACCUUGCAGAGGUGCUUGAAGACCAGCGGGACAAGCUACCUGAAAAUCUUAUGGCAAAUCAAAUGACAUUGCCUGUGUACUUAACAAGAUUUCAGUGGGACAUGGCAAAGUUCCCAAUUAAGCAGUCUCUUCGAGGGAUUGUGGAUGCCAUCAAUAACCAGUGUACUCAGAUUGAGAAUGACUUGAAGUCCAAGGCUAGCAACUACAAUAACCUCAAGUCAAAUUUGGCAAACAUGGAAAGGAAACAAACUGGUAGCCUUCUGACACGUAAUUUGGGAGAUCUGGUCAAGAAGGAAGAUUUUGUACAAAAUAGCGAGUAUCUUGUGACUCUACUUGUAGUUGUGCCAAAGAAUAUUUAUCAUGACUGGCAAACUAAGUAUGAGAAUUUAGCAGAUAUGGUUGUUCCCCGCUCUUCUCGUUUGAUCUUUGAGGACCAAGAUCAUGGCUUGUACACCGUUACCCUCUUUUCAAAAGUAGUUGAUGAGUACAAACUUCAUGCUCGUGAGAACAAAUUUGUUGUCCGAGAUUUUACUUACAAUGAAGAAGAGUUGACUGCCGGCAAAAAUGAACUAUCCAAGCUCAUCAAUGACAAGAAAAGGCAUUUUGGUCCCCUGGUGCGAUGGCUGAAAGUGAACUUCAGUGAAUGUUUCAUAUGCUGGAUACAUGUGAAAGCCAUCAGAGUCUUUGUUGAAUCAGUUCUCAGGUAUGGAUUACCAGUGAACUUCCAAGCUAUCCUAGUUCAUCCACACAAGAAGAGUAUGAAAAGAUUAAGAGAUGUCCUUAAUCAGCUAUAUACCCAUCUUGACUCUUCUGCUACUGGUGGUGCUGGUGAAAGUGUGGACAUCCCUGGGUUAGGCUUUAAUACGAGUGAGUACUACCCAUAUGUGUCUUUCAAGAUCAAUACAGACAUGAUUACUGAUCACAGGCCAUAGAAAAACAGCAAUACUCAAGUAACCAUAAGUUGUUGUAAGUCCAGAGCUCUUAAAUGUUAUGUUGUGUUUUGGAUUAUCUUAACUUUUAACGUUGCAUAAGAAGGAUGCAUCUGAAGUUUGGAAUCAGGUUUUGCAAAGCAGUUGUAUGUAUUUAAUGGGAAAAGUGUAAAUAGAUGUGCAGCUUCUUGAGGAAUAGUUUAUUAGUAACUUGAUAACAUGCACAAAAUCCAGGUUGAUUGAGAACUUUAGUACUGUAGUAGGUUGUGAAAGCCUAAACAGUUUGACAAACUUUAUUUUAAAACUUGCCCUUCAUGCUGUCGUGGUCAUUUUAAUGUGUAAUAUAUUUUACUUUGUACAUUCUCUUUUAUGAACAGUCAAGAUGGCUUCUGAUGGCGGGCAAUAGUUGUUUUGUAGAUAUUUUCCCCCACAUUCCUAGAACACCUCCAUUCCAGUAUUUAAUGUUUAGUUUUUGUAAAUUGAAUGGAAAGAUAAUUUUAUACACUAGCAUGAUUCAUAUAUUAAAUAAAUUUUGAAGUUAUCUGAGAAUUGCUUUUACUCCAGGUUUUACCCAUACUGUUCAGUAAACUGGUUUUUUCUUAGAGAAUUCUGCAAGAUGAGAUUUCAGUUGCACAGUAUUAUGAUGGUGCAGAGGAGAAACAUAAAAAUGUUAAAUUUUGUAUUACGUAUUAAAGAACUAAAGACCUUCAGUGCAGUAUACAUGAACUAAUUUCAAAACUUUUGAUAGCAGUCAUAAGAGCUUCUAAUUACAAUAACCAUUUCUUUUGGAUUCACUGUCUACUUUAAUAUGUAUUCUUGAUUACAGUUCUUGUUUUUUAAUAAAAACAAUAACUAGUUGUGAAACUUAUCAUUGUGACUGGUGACAUAUUUAUGGUAAUAAUGAGUAUUAAUACUAAAAUUAUUUUCUUUUGCAAUACAAAUAAUAUCUGUGUAUUGUUAAAGCUGAAAUACUACCUUUAAUGAGGUAUCAGUAAUAUGAUAUGUGACAAACCCAAGUUAUGUAUCAAGGUGAAUAUCCUCUUCUUGUGCAUUUAAAAGACAAACUGUCCUGUACUUAGUAGAGAGGCAUAUCUUCUGCAGAAAUAAGUCCUAAGUUAUCUGCUUUAUUAAAUUGUAUUAGAGGGUUUUCUGUUUUUCUACCAUUUAUAUAUAAAUUUCAGAAGAGCACAAAAGGACACUCUAAUUGUGGUGAUAUCUUAAGGAAUGCCAUAUUACUGGAUGUAUAUUUUAUGUAUAUUAGUAGACUUUUGGAACAUUUUAAUGUUGGGUAACAGUCUACAGUCUUGUAUGUACAGAUUGGUCAAUAGUUGAUAAUGUUGUGAAUAAAGUGGUAAAAGAA